AUGUGCCGGAAGCAACCGGGCAUUGCCAUCGGACGGCUGUGUGAGAAAUGCGACGGGAAGUGCGUGAUUUGUGACUCUUACGUGCGUCCGUGUACUCUGGUGCGUAUCUGCGACGAAUGCAACUACGGGUCGUUCCAAGGGAGGUGUGUUAUAUGCGGAGGGGUUGGUAUCUCGGAUGCUUACUACUGUAAAGAGUGUACACAACAGGAGAAAGACAGAGAUGGUUGCCCCAAGAUCGUCAACCUCGGGAGUGCCAAAACCGAUCUCUUCUAUGAACGUAAGAAGUAUGGAUUCAAGAAACGAUGA